AGUCAUAAUAUUAUGAAAAUUUUCUUAUGACUUGCAUUCUUUGUAGUUGAGGGGUAUGAAUAUACUGUAAAAAGUAUAUGCAAAUGGUCCUAGCGCCUAGCAGGGAGCCUAUCCCGAGCUAGCAACUCUAAACUUCGAUUAGCUUGGAUCCAAGUAACCAAUCAUGGGCAGCCAACAAGCUCUACCCGGACCUAAUGAACCACAAAUUUCGCAGAUUAGUGGCUUUAGCGGGGUGGAAUUUGGGUCGAAAGUUUGGCAGCGUCGGGGCCAUUGGCAUUUGUUGCACUUGCUGUAUUUUUUUUACGUUGCGGGAAGGCGGUGACAAUCCCAUUUCCUUCCCGACUGGCAGGGACUGGCAGUAACUUCUCUACCUAUUACUCCAUCACCGCGAUUCUGCGAUUCUCCAUAUUCUCACCAAAAAAUCUCUCGGCACGCCGUAGACGAAGGAGCUGUCCUCCCAAUCCAACAGCGAUGACUUCGUCCAACGCUGCCCCGGCCGAUACUGGUCGCCAGUUGCCAGACCCUUCUCCACCACCUGGUAUACCGCCUGCAACCGAACCAGAGCCCGCAGCUGUUCCUACCACUACCAGUGCUACAACCAUCGCUACCAUCGAUGCGAAUGCGCCGAUACCCCUAACGAACCAACAAGACACCUACCGCGAUGAUCCUCAAGAUGCCUAUUCAAUGCCCUCGCCGCCUACCGUAUCCCCUCUUUCUACACCAGCGGCGACGCAAAUAAACGUUGGCGACAAUGAAGAUGUUCCUGACCUCACUACCGAACCUUUGCAAAAUACGAAUGGCGCCGCUGAACUUUCUUCUGCAGCUCAGCUAGCCUCUGUCAAUCUUAGUCUAAUCACUGAAUCCUUUCCCAUGGAGCUUAAUCAAUCUCAAAUGCUCGACCAGAAUUCCCGGUCGCGCAACCAACUCGAAGCUGUCGCAACUACUGAUCCCGACCCUGCCAACAUGGACUACGCAAAUCGGAACACAUCAAAUCUACGACAAAAUCAGGGCACUAUCGACCCUAAUGCCUACAUGAUGAGCGUCGCCCAGAAUGCUGCUGCGCUUUAUCAAAAUCCUCCGGUCCCUUCUAUUGUAGCUCCCUCCGAGGUCUCGCUGCAAGCUUCGUUUACACAGGAGAGCGAUGCUUUGACCACCACCAACGAACACACAUCGACUAGCGCGAGUCAAAAGUUGGAAUCGUUCGCCAGGAUAGAGUUCGCCGAUAGUGUUUUCCAAAUGACCACUUACGCUGUUAUUAUCGGUCGUGAUCAACGGGCCAUGGAUCAGGCAAGGAGGGACGAAAAAAGGGAAUUGAAUUAUAGACGAAAGGUAGAAGAGAAUGCAAGAAAUGGAUUGCCGCCUCCGACUCCUCUUAAUUUCGACCGAGGGAAAUUUAGUAAAUCCUACGUCAGUGAGGAGGGUGGUAUGCUAGGUCCCGAAUCGGAUGGCGAGGAUAAUGUUCGACCCACCAAGAAACGUCGACCGAGCUCUGCGAAAAGAUCUGAGGACGGCGGCGGUGACGAUGCUCAAAGCGACCAUGUAAAAUCGAAUAGGCAGUACGUCUCUCAUACCCCUGGCGCUGCUGCGGUAGAUCUCGGGACCUUGCAACCGUCGCCGUCGCAUAUCCCUUUUGUUGGUAUCCACUCACCUGGUCCGGAUAUUGCGAGCAAAACACGAGGUAUCUCAAGACAGCAUCUCAAGAUUGAGUUUAAUGAGAAGAAAGGUGUUUUUGAGGCCGCCGCUUUACACAAGAACGGUUUUUUCUGCGAUGAUACGCAUUACGGCCUCGAUGAUCCUGUUAUCCUUAGGAGUGGGGAUCGACUUCAGAUUAAAGAUGUUGAAUUUUCAUUCAUCCUCAACGGUGUUGAAGUAGGCAAGACUGGUGGCGAAGAAUUCCAUGAAGAAGAGACAUCGAGUAAGCGUAUGUCAAUUGGAGGCAAGGAGAUGAGUUUUGAUUUUGAGCAUUCCGAUCAUGAGAACUUUCGGGAUACAAGUGAGGAUUUGUCAGAAAUUGAGAAUGUACCGACACCUGUCAUCGUGUCUGAUGAAGGAGAAGGAGAGGCAGAGGCAGAGGCAGAAGAAGCAGAACAUGAAGCUGCCGAAGCCGAGUCUGAUAUCGGCGAUGAACCAAGCAUGGAAUUACUCGAGUCAGCUGAGGUUCAGGACAUGUCUCAAGGCCAGUUUGCGACAACUGAUAUGCCCAAACGUCGUGGCCCAGGACGACCGCCUAAGGAUGGCAUAAUGUCAAAGAGGGAACGGCGGCUGCUUAAGAAGCAAAUGCAAGAAACCUCUAAGAAGACGAUACCUCAAGAUCCACAGAGUGAGAAGAUUAAGCGACCAGUUGGUCGCCCUAGGAAAAUUCCCGUUCCUGAGGAUGGAGAGAAGCCGGAGAAGAGGAAGUAUAAUAAGCGAAAGUCGAAGGAGGAUGGCGACGAAGGCUCCGAUGCUGAGAGGCGAGCGAAAGAAAAGAAGGAGAAAAAGGUUCGACCAAAAUCUCCGCCACUGGAACUUCGGAAGGAAGACUUUACCGAAGAGCAAUUACAGAAGCCUACCAAAAACUAUGGUGUAUUGAUCGACGAGGCUUUGACCAAUGGACCUCCAGAUGGCUUAACUUUGAAACAGAUUUACAAGAGGAUUAUGUCGAAAUAUCCGUGGUUUUAUUUCUCAGCAGAGACGAAGGGAUGGGAAAGUAGUGUUCGCCACAACUUGAUUGGGAACGAAGCUUUCAAGAAGGCAGAGGGGACUGGAUUGUGGUCCCGCGUCCCUGGUGUAGAGCUUGACGCUGGGAAGAAGCGCAAAGCUAGCUCUCCCGACCGACAACUUGGAUCAGCACAUCUUCACUCUCAUCUACCUCAUCAAUAUUACCAGAACGGCGCUUACUUACAGCCUAAUAAUCUUGGUUAUGCGCCUAACAUGCCAAACUACCAGACCGAUGGAAAGCAGCUCCAAGGAGGAUAUCAACCCCCCGCCGGCCAACCUACUCAGCCUCUUUCAACGCCAUCUUCUCAACCGAUCACCCAACCUGGAUACCCCGCACAGAUACCAGCUCCAGCACAGUUACCGCCUAGCUACCUCUCUAGACAAACUAAUAACGCCCAGCAGAGUACCUAUAGCUCCCCCUACGCCAAACCACCUCCCCCAACUAACCCCCCCAUCAAAUCAGAAGUUCCCGCGGCGCCAACUCCGCAGGCAUUACCUCCAGCUCCGGUGCAACAGCAGCAGAAUGUAGCACAACCUUCAGUGCAGCAUCAACCCCAACCGGUUUCAAAUACACCUAGUACCACGACACAACAACCAUUGUCACCAGAGAUUGAAAAGGCUAUUUCUCAAUUUAGAGCGAAUAUGUUGGGCGCCCUUUCGAAGCAGACUAACCAAGCUGGUCAGAUUAUUGAUUCAGCUAUAUGUCGUGCACGAGGUGUACCACCUCAGACGACAGUACCUUCUGGGUUCGAACCAGUCGAGAAGGCGCUGAUAAAUGCAUUGGCGAAUAUGAUUAGCGACAUGCAAAGUAAACAACAGCGGCAGGCAACAUCUGCUUCUCCUGCUCCAGCUUGGCCUAACGCCGCAAAAUCGACACCUACUCCGACCGCGCCAACGCCAAGCCCAGCGCCAUCGGCUACUUUAGCGGCUGAAAUACAGCGGCGAGUGAAGAAUUUCAGAGACAAUAUGGUUGUCGCUUUGAAGAAGAAGACGGACCAGGCGGAAGCUAUUGUUGACUUGGCUAUCGACCGAGCGCAAGGCUUACCAAAUACUGGUCCAAUUCAAGGAUGGGAGGAAGCAGACCGAUUGAUGGUCAAAUCUGUUACACAGAUAAUCUCAGAUGCGCGCCGAGCACACAACCUUCAGACGCCAGUUACACCCUCUGCGCCAACAGCGCCCGCUCAGCAAACACAUCCGCCUCAACCCUCCCAAUCUGCUCCGCGUCAAGGUCCUUCCGCCUCGCCGGCUCCAAUGCAGUCACCUAUGCUCACUAGCGGGUCGGUACAAAAUAACCAAGGAGUGGCGACCACUACACCUAAUGUACAACCAUCGCAAAUGCCCUCUUCUAAUGCCCCAAGACCGACACCACCAUCAAUAUCACGUCCCGGUGUCUCAAUUCAACGUCCAGGUAUUACACGCCCAGGGGUGAAUUCAAUUUCGCGACCCUCAGUGGUCCGCAAGGAUUCAGCGGGUACGCCAGGUGUCGUGGUUGGUCCGAGCGUGUCAGCGCCAACGCACAAUGUUUCCAGCCCAGCGCCACCGAGCGCAGGUGUCCUCGACCAAAUUACUGGACAAAAACGAUUACACGAUGAUGCUUUCGGCAAUAGUGGCAAUAGUGCUGGAGCCGCAGACAGACCUGAACCGGUUAAGGCACCUACACCUGUGACGACUACUCCCAACUUGUCAACACCAGCACCGCCGAGUGCGGGGGUCGUGGAUCAAAUUGGGCAGAAAAGGAUACAUGAGGACACACAAUUACACAGUAAUGGGAAUAGCAAUGGUAACGUAGGUGUCGCUGAACAACAACCACCUGAACCCACUGCGAAGACUAUUACACCUGCACCCGCUCCCGCACCAGCACCAACCCCAGCGCCAGCACCAAGUAUGUGCAGUCCUGCGCCGCCCAGCGCUGGCGUUGUCGAUCAGAUUGCUGGACAGAAGAGACAUUUGGAUGAUGGGCCUGGUUCUGCGAGUUCGGAACAGCCCGAGGCUAAGAAACCCGCUCUCUCUUCGGUCUAGUUAUUUCGGUGAGCAGAUGGGUUGAAGUUUUCGAUGUGUAGGAUUAUAGUACGGAUUUCAGUCGGUGAAUGGCAUCACUCUCCUACCUCAUCCGUUCCGAAAUUACCCGAGUCUACUUUUGGCGUGCUUGGAGUAUUUCUGUGUAACUACCUCUGCAUUUCACUACCGCAGCGAGCAUCCCGAAAGCGAAAAUAAUACUUCACGAUUCACGAGAUACGAUUCCUCCCCUCCUAUUCUUCUACUAGUUUUUACUUCUAGGAGGCAAGCAUGGAUGGAUGGAUGGAUAUAGAGCAUUUUUAAUAAUACCGAAGCAUUUUCAAGGUUAGCAGGGUAGGAAAAAGCAAAAGUUCAAUUAGGACAUACCUAGGUUUUUUACCUUCUUUUCUAUUUGGCAAGGAAGAUAAAAGAUCGAUUACUCCGUCCUAUACUUGUUCUUGGCAUGAGGGAAGGAUAAGGGAUAAUAGGACGGUGUUAGGAAGACGGGUAGGAAGAAAGUCAGCAUGCGAGGAAGUUAGGUGGUGGACCGCGUAUAUAACGCGUGUGAACAAGGAAUAGAUACCUAGGUAUGCUUAGUUAGGCUAUCUACCUAUUUACUAGUAAAUAUAAUGCCAAAGAAGUAUAAUAUCUUA